AUGGGACUUGGUGGACACACAAAUGAAAUGUUUCGUUUAUUAAGUGGUAUUGAUCGAAAUAUUUAUAAACCACGCACAUACGCAAUUGCAUCAACAGACGCAAUGAGUUCAAAAAAAUUACUCCAGUUUGAACAAGAGUGUACAAAUGACAUCAAUGUAUCAAUUAUAGAACGAAGUCGACAUGUUGGACAAAAUUAUUUUACAUCAAUAUUUACAACAAUUUGGGCAUUUUUUACGGUAAUACCAUUAGUCUAUCGUAUUCGACCAAAAGUUAUUUUGAUCAAUGGACCAGGCACAUGUAUUCCAAUUAUUAUUGCGAGUUUAUUAUUAGCAUUAUUAUUUAUAAUUAAAAGACCAAAAAUUGUUUUUGUUGAAAGUAUUUGUCGUGUUCAAACGUUGUCAUUGACGGGUAAAAUAUUAUGUUAUCUACCAGUAAAUAUUCUCGUACAAUGGCCACAAUUAACAGAAAAAUAUCCCAAAACACAGUAUAUUGGCAGACUUGUUUAG